CAACCGAUCUCUUAAUUUUUCUCUGAGCGUUCACACCCAUCAGUUCCACAACUGCUGCUGCGAUCAACCACCAACCAUGGCGACCACCCAGCCGGUAACGCAGGCUCUGCAAUCCCUCACACUGUCGACUACUCCACUGAAUGUUGCAAGUGGCCUCAUGAGACUUGCAAACGAGCUAAAACUCGCCAUCUUCGGGUACUUGGGACUCGAGGAUAAAUGCAAUCUCCGUCUGACCUGCCGGAAGCUGGAAUCGUGCAUUUACGAGGACUCCUUCAACGAGAUUUUCCAUGAAGUUCAUGUUACCAUCCAUCCGGUCUGCGUCGGUCGAUUUCUCUCUAUUUUGAGUCUACCCACAAUGGCUACAAGGGUGAAGGUCGUACAGAUCUCCAAUGAUUUUUCGUUAGGCCACCCUGGUUGGGCGAGUCCAUCAGAUAACGUUGAUCCUGAACGCACUCCCACAGAGGUAUUGGCCGAUUGCCUACGAUCCCUGCCCAAUUUGAAGAACCUGGUUAUUGCAGAUCACCAUGACAAAUGGGCUGAGCAAGUGACGGGGCUUACCAUUCCGAGACCCAUGGGAUCGAAAGCAAACUCAGAAUUCGGUGUCCCAUACUGGCGUUAUGGGGGAUGCUGCCUCGAAUUUAUUCUCCCCAUCAUGCGUUACGUGAACGAGGUAUUUCAAGAGCGAAAUUUGGUUGUGGAUGUGGCUGUCACCGCUUGUCACUUUAGCUUGAAGCAGGAAUUUCUCAAAGAAUGGUCUUCAUUCGCGAACAAAGUGCGUCGAUUCUCGGUCCAGCAUAGAGCUCCCGCGAUACUUGUAUUCCCGGUGGCGAAACUGCUUCAAGAAAUGAAACCCGAAAUUCUCUCUUUGGAUUGCAAACCCAGAGAUCCUCCCUAUGAUCCACAAGACGCAAUCAACAUAUCAUCCCGUGCUUUCCCUCCGGAGUGGACAGUGGGAUUCAUGCACAAUGGCCUUAGCACCAAGAAACUACGCCUGGAAACUUUCAACAACCGUCUCAGGGGAAUACUUGAUGUGAUAGGGCUCUGUGGGAAUUGUACAGAUCUUGAAAUCGUAGACACCGUUAUUUACACGACCAGUACUACCGUAUCAAACGAAUGGAAGACGGUAUUGACCAAUAUUGCUUCCCUCCCGUUGUCAUCUUUGCGUUUGUCUCGGCUUCGUUACGGCCCAUAUACAUAUUUUCACUUUCAUCACUAUGUUCGAGGAACAAUAAGUGGACUCCCUGAGAUCUCAUGGGAAGGCAGAGAAGAGAUCGAGACUGGCAUCGCUAGUUUACUCCAAGAAUAAGAAGGCUUACGAUAUCCCAUUCUACGGUUUCAUGACUCGCUGGGGUAGCUCAUUGGAUACGAGGCAUAUACCACUAUGAGAUGUGCAGAAGCACUUACGGAGGGUUAUUAUUCAAGCUGUGUAGCUGAACAAGGGAUCCUCUACCUUUCUGGGGAUCGAUUUUGAUGAGUGUGGAUGUUCCAUACAAGUUUUGUUUUUGUGAAGACAUCAAGAACGGUAUCAAACAUUUGCAUUCCAGUAUCCUA